AUGUCUUUAGUGUUCGUGUCCGUAGUGGUGACGUGUCUCUAAAGUUUCUCCUCCUCCUCCUCCUGUAGUGAGACUCGCUCUGCCCAGAUUUACACAGUAAAGGGAGCACAGAGGUGGACAGUUGGGACAUCAUGGCCAUCAAAUUCUUGGAGGUGAUAAAGCCAUUCUGUGCAGUGCUGCCAGAAAUCCAAAAACCUGAAAGAAAGAUCCAGUUCAGAGAGAAGGUAUUAUGGACAGCCAUCACUCUCUUCAUCUUCCUGGUGUGUUGCCAGAUCCCCCUCUUUGGCAUCAUGUCCUCAGACUCUGCAGAUCCAUUCUACUGGAUGCGAGUAAUUCUGGCCUCAAACAGAGGUACUCUGAUGGAGCUGGGUAUCUCGCCUAUUGUCACCUCAGGCCUGAUAAUGCAGCUGCUUGCUGGAGCUAAGAUCAUCGAAGUUGGAGACACGCCGAAGGACAGAGCCCUCUUCAAUGGAGCUCAGAAAUUGUUUGGAAUGAUCAUCACUAUUGGCCAGGCUAUCGUAUAUGUGAUGACCGGCAUGUAUGGCGAUCCCUCUGAGAUGGGUGCUGGAAUCUGUCUGCUCAUCAUCAUUCAGCUGUUUGUGGCUGGUAUGAUUGUGCUGCUGCUGGACGAGUUGCUCCAAAAGGGCUACGGUCUGGGUUCAGGGAUCUCACUGUUCAUUGCUACCAACAUCUGUGAGACGAUUGUUUGGAAGGCCUUCAGCCCCACUACUGUCAACACUGGAAGAGGCACAGAGUUUGAGGGAGCAAUCAUUGCGCUUUUCCAUCUGCUGGCCACUCGGACAGACAAAGUACGUGCCUUGAGAGAGGCCUUCUACAGACAAAACCUGCCCAACCUCAUGAACCUCAUCGCUACAGUGUUUGUCUUUGCUGUAGUGAUAUACUUUCAGGGAUUCAGAGUUGACCUGCCCAUCAAGUCCGCUCGCUACCGUGGCCAGUACAACACCUACCCUAUCAAGCUCUUCUACACCUCCAACAUCCCCAUCAUUCUGCAGUCUGCCUUGGUCUCCAAUUUAUAUGUUAUCUCCCAGAUGCUUUCCACGCGCUUCAGUGGCAAUUUUCUGGUUAAUCUGCUUGGGACUUGGUCUGACACAUCGUCAGGUGGUCCAGCCCGUGCCUACCCCGUAGGUGGACUCUGUUACUACCUCUCUCCUCCUGAGUCGUUUGGCUCUGUUCUGGAGGAUCCUGUACAUGCACUUAUCUACAUUGUGUUCAUGCUCGGGUCAUGUGCCUUUUUCUCCAAAACCUGGAUUGAAGUCUCAGGCUCUUCUGCUAAAGAUGUGGCGAAACAGCUUAAAGAGCAGCAGAUGGUGAUGAGGGGACACAGAGAAACCUCAAUGGUUCAUGAACUCAACAGGUACAUUCCCACUGCUGCUGCCUUUGGUGGUCUUUGUAUCGGUGGUUUAUCGGUAAUGGCUGAUUUCCUCGGAGCCAUUGGAUCUGGCACUGGUAUUCUGCUGGCUGUCACCAUCAUCUAUCAGUACUUUGAGAUCUUUGUGAAAGAACAGAGCGAAGUAGGCAGCAUGGGGGGCCUGCUCUUCUAGAAAAGCCAAUUCUCCUCCCACCUUCAGUCAACUUUUAUUAGGAUCACCAACUUUACAUUUAUUUUACAUCCAUGUGAAGCCCCUGCAUCGUCAGCUCUGGAGUUUCAGGAUGUUUCAGGACUCUCCAGGAAUCUCAGCUGAAAUGGGAUGUUGCAAGGUGGUGGGGCUAAACACCCUGUUGCUCCCUCCAGGAAUCUCCCAAAUGUAACACUAAAACUGACAUUUCAGUUGUACUCCAUCAGAUUUUCUAAGUGACCUGAGACUGUAGCUCCUCAAGAUUCAUUUAAAGGCUUCCAUUGUGUAUGAGAUGAAGUCCUGUGGGAGUUUGCUUCUUUUUUCAGACUGAUAAUAGAGCGCUUCAGUAUGCAGGCAUACUCAACUUGGAUUAUGGAGGUCACCUGCCUGCCAUGUGUAUACAAGCACUCGAUGUUCUGCUUGAUGUUAUUUUAGUUUAUGCCAUUAUUUUCAGUUUUAUUUUAUUUUUUCUGUCAACCUGCCAGUUAUGAGGAGGUGUGGACCUGAAGCUGGACUGUCAAAGGCUGAGUCAAGUACUGUCAUUUCCCUGAUUUGUGACUCCGUGUUAUAGUAUAUUUCAGCAGGGUCUUGUAAGAACAGGAUGUAGAGCUCACAUUGGGGUCCAGCUGUCAAAAGAAAUUGUUCAACAUAUUUUUGUGUACGGCAUUCCCAGGGAGAAGCAGUAUUAGCUCACACAUCAAAUUCAUUUUUGUCUCCACCCCUUAUGAUUUUUUUUUUUUUUAAAUGUCUGCUUUAAGAAUACUUACAUUAUCACGCUCCCACAACUGACAAAUUAUGAUUUUCUGUACAUAUGAAUUUGUCUUAUGUGUAAGAUAAAAGUCUUUUGAAUACGUAAAAAUAAAUGCAUUUCAGAACAAACUUCUAGAAAAACAUUCUCAAUAAAACUUUUUUGUGGAAAAA